GUCAUUGCAAUCAAUUGAAGCGGAAAGUGUGCUCGGCGUAGCAUCUGCUCCGACCUCGCAAACAACUUUUGGCCGGAAAAUCGUUGAGGUGCGAUCGAUAUUAAUGGGAAAACGGUAACGGACGGCAUGGUGCGGUAUAAUGGGACGAUGAAGAGCGAGGAGGAGACGAAUGAGGCGGCUUGGGAGGCGGCGAGGGGCGCGGUGGUUGGGGCUGCGAAGUGGGGCAUAUUUGCUGCUGCUGCUGCAGGCCUAGGAUACACCUUCUCGCCGUUAUAUCGUAGUCUGACUAUCCAAUUCAAAGUCUACCUCCAAAUGUCCGGCAUGAUCCUCGGCGGCAUGAUCGAAGCCGACAAGCGCAUCAUGGCCUACGAGCACCGCAUGCGGCACUACAAGCGCAUGGCGCGCGACAUGGAGCUGUGGCGCCGGUACGAGGAGGAGUUUGAGGAGAGGGGCACGCCCGGCGUGGGUGGCGAGGGGAAGGUGAAGAAUGUGAAUGCGGGUGCAAGUGCGAGUACGAAGCCAGAUGCCAAUGUAAGCGGAAAUGGAAAUGGGGACGGUUCAAAAACAUAAGGAAGGGGAAGAGUGUUGGAGACUGGGUAACAGGUGUUGGUGCGGCGCU